UUGAUUCAACAGACAAAGACAUGCUAGACGCCAAAUACUGGGAGAUCAACAUGUACAAGUCUGCUCUUGAGGGUCGGAAGGAUGAGCUUGGUGUUGAGGGGGCAGUGGUGGGAACUUUGGAUGAUGAUGCUGAUAUGAGGAUUGGAAAUAAACUGCGAAGAGACGCUUUCUUGGUUUUCCGUGCAUUGUGCAAGCUCUCCAUGAAGACACCUCCCAAGGAUGCACCAGCUGAUCCCAUUGUUAUGCGUGGGAAGAUCCUUGCUCUUGAACUUCUCAAGAUAUUGCUUGAAAAUGCUGGCGCUGUUUUCCGGACCAGUGAGAGGUCAGUAUUUUUUCCAGCAACAGAUGUGGUAGUCUUGAAGUUCAUGGUUGAGGUUUGCUGGGCUCCUAUGCUUGCUGCCUUCAGUGUUCCACUUGACCAGAGUGACGAUGAGAUUGUCAUAUCCCAGUGCCUUAAAGGAUUUCGCAGCGCAAUCCAUGUUACUGCAGCUAUGUCUAUGAAGACUCAAAGGGAUGCAUUUGUCACUUCACUUGCUAAGUUUACAUCUCUUCACUCUGCUGCAGAUAUCAAGCAGAAAAAUGUUGAAGCCAUUAAGUAUACUAGGAGGUAUCCAACAAAUAUGCCAUGUUUCCCGAUCAAGCAAGCUCGUAAGCACAGGCAGAAGGAAGCUUGUGAUACUGAUACUAAUUCAGUGUUGAAGGAUGCUUUUUUGACCAGAAUUUCUGGUGGAGAUGAUGUAAACAGGGAUGCACAAUCAGUCCCUUGCAUGAUUGAUGCAAAGUGUUUGACACAGUUCUUUGUUAAUGUUUGUGGGAAUAGAGUUUCAAUGCAAGAAGAUUUGAAUUCCUUGACUGUAAAACAAUUGACCAAGACUGUGUGCAAAAAGGCAGGGAUCCAAGCUUAUGAUUUCUAUGCUGUUCAUGGUGGAAAAUCUCUAAAGGAUGAUAAAACUGUUUCAUGUUAUCCAAUCUACAGAGAUUCCACAGUUUUUUUGAGGUAUAGGUUAAGAGCUGGCUGCCCUCGGAUGAUUUCAUUCAAAAUAUGUACAUUUGAUGAAAUGAUCAAGAGCCAUGAAGGAGGACUUUUUCGUCGAGUUAAUUUAUCUCAUCGGUCAAGAAGCAGUAUAACUAAUGAGAAUGAAGUUACUUUCCUAUCAUACUUCGCACAGUACAUUGCUCACCAAGUAUUGGUUUAUGUCUGUGGAAAACAUCGCAAGGGCUUGAGUUUCGAUGGAAAAUUUGAAAGCACAGAUAUAUUCUUCUGCUCAGGUAGGGUCAGAUUCACAGAACAUGUUGAGAGGGUGGGUUUUACUGAAAUAACAUGUCGUGCAGAUUAUAAGAAGCUUAUGCAGAUCUUUGGGAAGUGUUUCACUAUUAAGACAGAAAACAACAUGGAGUUUAUCCUAUGUAUGUUCCUCAGUUGCUUAAGUACCUGACUGAUUGUCCUGGUGGUAUUCUUUCGAAUGAAGAGCUUCUCAUUGCUUUCUUAACUAAUCAUCCUGCGUUGACAUGUUACACUGAUAGAAUUAAGCAAUGCACUUUAUUGGACAAUAUGGUCCAUAAACUUCUGCCUAAAGAGCAGAGCUCUCUUGGAUCCAAACUUGGAUCAAUUUACCAGUGGUCAAGAAACACAAUUCCUGUUCCAGAAAUGGAGAAAAUUUAUGUGCACGGCUCACAGUAUGAUCCAAUAGACAACGUCACAUAUGUGAAUGUGGAAUACACAGAGAGUCAAUUGGGUUGUUUACACUACUCAAGGAAUUAUUUUCGACAUGCUUAUAUUAAUCUGUUUAACCAAGAAGAAGCUGAAGCAGCAUUUGCCAUGCAUAUCAAUGACUUUCUGCCUAAUCUGCUGGAAACCAUUGCACUAAAAAUCACUAAGAAAGAAUUUAUUCCUCCGUCACAUUUUGACAUCCUAACACUGCUUGGGAACAAACUUGCUGACAAGAAUACAGGGAAGAAACCUGUAAACUAAAAUGCAGGGAACUAAUGGGUCGUCUCAACUCUCUAUCAGGGAAUGGUGGAAAGAAAUGAUGCCGAGGAAAACACAAAGAAGAUGAAGCUUAAAUGACUUCUUCAACAUAUCAUGUGAAGAUGAAACUUUGGAUGGUUUCGACAUCAUAUCAAUUAAGACCAGUAUUGUCGAUUGGUGUUUGAUUAGCACCCAUUAUGUGGAAGAUGAAUGUGCUUUAAUCUUUCUCUAGAAGUAUGUGAUCUUAUUAUAUUAGCAGAUGGUAGUGAAACUGAAUUGCAAGUGACGUAUUAUCACCAGUGGUUUUAACCUCACUCCGGAACCACCUUUGAAUUAUCUGCUCAUGCGGGGUGUCUAACUAUCUACUUCCUCCGUUUCACGAUAUCUACAAAAUUAAGGAAGCUGUGAAUUGGCGCUUUUGCCCUUCCUUCCUAUCCCUUGCGUGCUGUUUUGUUCGUCCUGUUGUUUGGUGACGGCAGCGGCGGCCAUCGGCGGCAGAAUCAACCCUCCUUGCGGCUACCUCAGAUGAGUCCGGCGAUGAGAUCCAUGCUCCCAGGCCAACGAUGGUAGCAAGGUAGCCCUGGAGAGGAAGUGGGCAGACAGGAAUGGAGCAAGGUGUCGACGUAUACGGACGGCCAUCGGAGACCAUACUGUCGUCCUCCUUGCUGCCUCAAAUAAGUUUGUCGACGUCCUCAGUGGCCAUGAAUCAAACCAGUGACGAUAGUCGUUGCUGCCCAGAGGACCACCUUGCACGCCCAGCCACAAGGGUUUGUGCAUCUUCAUCUUCUCUAUCACCAAGGGCUACACAAUGUGGGUUGAAUGUUCAAGGGGGAGAAGGGAGAAGGGGCAAAAAGAGGAAGUCUCCAUGCAUAGCCAUGUCACUUCUUAAAUCUCCGCUAUGUAGAAUGUUGUUGUCGCCAAGGAUGCAACCACCUAGAAAACAUCUAAGGUCUCCUUCAGCAAGAUAUGUGACAUCACCAUAUGCUCCCUCAACAAGUCGAGGUCAAAGAUCAAUGUGUGAUAUCGAUUUAAAUGUGGAACCAAAAGAAAUUCUUGAGGAUAGUUUUGAUCAAGAGAAUGCUCAAGACAUGGUUGAAGAGAAUGCUCAAGAAAAUAGGAUUGAAGAGAACAUUGAAGAGAUGGUUCAAGAGAAUGCUCAAGACAAUACAGUUGAAGAAAACACUCAAGAGAUGGUUUAAGAGAAUUGUCAAGAAAAUAUGAUUGAAGAGAAUGCUCAACAAAUGGUUCAAGCUCUAGACAAUAGUGCUGAAGAUAAUGCUCAAGAGAAUAAUACUCUAGAGAAUAGUGUUCAACACAAUUCACAGAAGCAUAUCGUGCCUGAUGACAAAAAACGAAGAGCAAUAUUUGAUGCAUUGCUAGCAAUGGCAAGAAGUGGAAAUCUGAAGGGUCAUGAGACAAUGGAAGUUUCAAUGAAAUUCUCAGUACCUGUUAGGACAGUUCAACGAAUUUGGAAAAAAGGAAAAAUAUGUCUUCAACAAGGACUUCCAAUUAAUGUUAGUUGUGAAAGGUCUAAGUGUGGCCGUAAGAAGAUUGAGGUUGAUGUGUCCACACUUUGAGAUCUUCCAUUGUCGAGACGGACAACAAUAGAGGAUGUGGCUUCCCACUUUUGUAUCAGCAAAAGCAAGGUGCACAAAAUGAAACGGGAAGGUGACAUAAAAUGUGUCUCAAACCCCCUAAAGCCCUACUUGACAUAGAAAAAUAAGAUGAAUCGGUUAAAGUGGUGCUUAUCAAUGAUUGAUCCAAGAAGUAUGCCCAAUGAUCCUGUCUUCAAAGGACUGUUUGAUUAUGUAUUUAUUGAUGAGAAAUGGUUUGACAUCCCCAGAAAAAACUGAGAGAUAUUAUACAAAUCCAAACAAUGAACAACAACCUACGAGGACAUCAAAGAAUAAGAACUAUAUCCCCAAAUUCAUGUUUUUGACUGCUCUUGCACGACCAAGAUUUCAAUCUGAUGGAAAUUGCAUAUUUGAUGGUAAAAUCGGUUGCUUCCCCUUUGUAACAUACACACCGGCAAAGAGAUCCAGUGUAAAUCGACCUGCAGGGACAAUGGAGUUGAAACCAAUUAAUUCAAUCACAAAAGACAUUAUUCAAAAUUUUCUGAUUGAAAAGGUUUUACUGGCUAUUCGUGCUAAAUGGAAACCAAUAUAUAUCCAACAAGAUAAUGCACGACCUCACAUUUCACCUGAUGAUAAGUUAUUUUGUGAUGUUGCUAAGGAAGAUGGUUUUGAUAUCAGGAUUAUAUGCCAACCAGCAAACUCACCUGAUUUUAAUACCUUAGAUCUAGGCUUCUUUAAUUCCAUCCAGUCCAUUCAAUACAAAAAAAAACAUCAACAAAAACAGAAGAACUUGUAGCUGUUGUUGACCAGGCAUUUCAAAAUUAUCCAAUAUGCAAGGCAAAUAGAUUUUCUUGACUCUUCAUGCUUGCAUGAAGGAAGUCAUCAGAAUCCAUGGUGGCAAUGCAUAUGAUGUUCCACAUAUUAGAAAAGGGAUGCUUGAAAGACAGGGUCAUCUUCCUUUGCAACUGAACUGUGAUCCCUCGUUGGUACAGGAUGCAAUGAUACAAAUCAAUGAAUGAUGUAGCUUGGGAGGUUAUGUGUGCAUCCAUUUAAGGACAAUGACAGUUACUCCAAGUUAGCUGAUGCAAGAAGUGGGGGCAGCCAAAGUUGCAGGGCAAGAGAUGCUUUAGGUUUCAACAGGAGAAUAUUUACAGAGAAUUUUUUAAAAUUAGUACUCUGGGAACAAUUUAUUCUUGAAUCAACAUAAUAUACUCUGUAUUUGAACAAGUGCUCUAGGAGUAAUUUUAUCUGGGAUUAUACAGUGCUCCGUAUUCAAGUAAUUUUACCUAUGGUUUGGUGUUUGGUUUCUUUGUGAAUUCUGCUUCAGGUUUAAUAUGAAACCUGGUAACAUUACACAUGUUUCUAUUAAGAACUUUUUUCUCAUCCUUAAGAAGGUACCAAAAGGUACAACUGUUUUCUACGUA